AUGCCUUUGGUCCCUAACUUCCCCGAGCUAAUCCGAAAAAAGAGGGAUGGGGGACGGCUCACGGCGGAGGAAAUCCGAGCGUUCGUGCGAGGUGUCAAAGACAAGACCAUGCAAGACAGCCAAAUAGGUGCCAUGUUGAUGGCAAUAUGGCAAAGUGGCAUGGUCGCCGAGGAGACGCUGGCGCUGACGCGCGAGAUGAUGCUGUCCGGGGAGGUGCUGCGCUGGCCAAAGGAGUGGACGGGUCUGGUGGUAGAUAAGCAUUCCACAGGGGGUGUGGGGGACAAGGUCAGCAUCCCCCUGGCUCCGGCACUAGCAGCCUAUGGCUGUAAGGUGCCCAUGAUCAGUGGCAGAGGCUUGGCUCACACCGGUGGAACUCUGGAUAAACUGGAGUCCAUCCCGGGGUUCAAUGUCCAUCAGUCUGGACAACAGAUGGAGCAAAUUUUAAAGGAUGUUGGCUGCUGCAUUGUGGGUCAGACAGAGAACCUUGUGCCAGCUGAUAAGGUGUUGUACGCAAUCAGGGAUAUUACCGCCACCAUCGACAGUCUGCCCCUUAUUACAGGUUCCAUUAUGUCCAAGAAAGGGGCGGAGUCUCUGUACUCUCUGGUUCUGGACGUUAAGUACGGAAAGGCAGCUCUGUACAAGGACAUCAGAAGUGCCAGGGUGUUGGCGCAGUCUCUGGUGUCAGCGGGGAACGACCUGGGCAUCCGCACGGGUGCCGUUCUCAGCAGCAUGGACAACCCCAUUGGGCGCUGCGUGGGGAACUCCCUGGAGGUGGUGGAGGCCCUCGAGUGCCUGAAGGGCAGGGGGCCCGCUGAUUUACACGGCCUGGUCACCUGUCUGGGGGGGUACCUGCUGUGGAUGAGCGGGAAGGCUUCCACCCUGGAGAGCGGGAAGCAGGAGAUCGGCAAGACCCUGGAGAGCGGAGCGGCCCUGCGGAAGUUCCAGGCCAUGCUGCAGGCCCAGGGGGUGUCCUCAGAAAACGCACGUUCCUUGUGCUCAAUGGACUCGGACUACACCCAGGUUCUGAGAAGAGCUUGCUGUCAGGCGGAGCUGGAGGUGCAGGAAGAAGGCACGGUGCUGGAGAUAAAUGGGAUGAUCCUGGCUGAGGUGUUGCAUAGGUUAGGGGCUGGACGCACCAAGUCGGGAGAACCCAUCAAUCACAGUGUGGGGGCAGAGCUACUUGUCACCGUGGGGCAGCAGGUGAAGACAGGUGACUCCUGGAUAAGAAUCCACUAUGAGACUCCAGCCCUCGAUGAGAAGCUACAGGAAUUCCUUCAGGGGGCCCUGGUCAUCGGGAGCCCAGACCUCCUCAAUCACAUGCCUCUAGUGUCAGAGUUCAUCCCUCCCAAGUGA